AGAAAAUCCCCGCGGAGAGCUGCGCUCCGUCUCCCCGCUGCUGGCUGCGGGUUUUUCCUCCCAGGAAUCUCGUCUGGAUCAGACCCUCUCAGGUGACUGAAUCGGUCCUCUUGGAGCUGCCCUGAGCUGUUUGCACACCAAAGAUGGAUCAGCUUUCAGAUGAGGAGGUAGAGGUCAGGGGGGAGGAAGAUGAGGAAGAAGAGGACAGUGAUAAGGACGACCAGGACCUGGAUAAGAUGUUUGGAGCCUGGCUGGGAGAACUGGACAAGCUGACCCAGAGCUUGGAUGACGGCCGUCCGGAAGGUUCCCCUCAACAGAAAGCUCCCCUCAGACAGGAGACCAACAUGGCAAACUUCUCCUACAGAUUCUCCAUCUAUAACAUCAAUGAGGCCCUGAAUCAGGGGGAGAAUGUGGACCUAAACGCCCUCAUGGCCGACCUCUCGUCCAUCGAGCAGGAGCUCAGCACCAUCAACACCAAGUCCAGUAGCAGCGGAAUGGCCCGGCUGGGACUCACAGACACCAAGGUGAGGCAGAAGCCUCCGGCUGGGCGCAGCAGCAGGCAGCCGUCGACAGGGGGCGCCAGUGCUGUUAACAGUGUCUCUGGUGGGGGGGGCAGCAGCGGGGCGAGCAGCAGCAGCAGCAGCACCAGAGCGUCUCCGGCCGGAACCAUCAGAGCUCCAAGCGGCCAGCAGGGGAGGCCGGCGCUGGCGUCCAACUUCAGCCUGGAUGACAUCACGGCUCAGCUGGAGAAGGCGUCUCUCAGCAUGGAUGAAGCUGCACGACAGACCUCCUCUCACUCUCUUAGCUCCGCCUCCUCCUACACGUCAGCCUCGGUGCGACGGCCAGGAUCCUCUCAUCGUCAACAUCGACGGACUGGAUCAGUGGGCACGGUCAGCGAGCAUGAGGUGCGUUCGUUUGUCCACUCCUCCCGCUCCUCUGUCACAUCAGCGUCCGGCAUCUCUGUUAACUCCGCCUCCUCCAUGGAUUCCCUGGACAGCGUCCUGCACUGUCAAGCUGAUGGCCCACAGCCGGGUGAAGGAGCCGGUCAGGGGCAUCCAAACGCAGAGCACUCCUAUCUGGACAGGGAAACCUCUCUGAUUCUGAGAAACAUUGCAGGAAAACCCUCCCACCUGCUGACCAAGGAGGAGCAGGCUGCCAAGCUAAAAGCGGAGAAUAUCCGGGUGGCUUUGGAGAAGAUCAAGGAGGCGCAGGUGAAGAAGCUGGUGAUUCGUGUUCAUCUGUCAGACGAGAGCUCAAAGACCAUGAUGGUGGAUGAGAGACAGACAGUCAGACAGGUUCUGGACAGUCUGCUGGAUAAAUCUCACUGUGGUUACAGUCCAGACUGGUCACUGGUGGAAACUAUCACAGAGCUUCAGAUGGAACGGAUCUUCGAGGAUCAUGAGAACCUGGUGGAGAACCUGCUGAACUGGACCAGAGACAGCCAGAACCGCCUCAUGUUCACCGAGCGCAUCGAGAAGUACGCCCUGUUCAAAAACCCGCAGAACUACUUACUGGGGCGGAAGGAGACGUGUGAGAUGGCAGAAAGAAACAAAGAAGCUCUGUUAGAGGAGUGUUUUGGAGGCAGUUCGGUGUCCGUCCCUGAGAUGGAGGGAGUGUUGUGGCUGAAGGAGGACGGAAAAAAGUCAUGGAAGAAACGCUACUUCCUGCUCAGGGCAUCUGGGAUCUACUACGUCCCAAAGGGAAAGGCCAAGACUUCCAGGGACCUGGUUUGUUUCCUCCAGCUGGAUCACGUCAACGUUUAUCUUGGUCAUGACUACAAGAGCAAGUACAAGGCUCCUACAGACUACUGCAUGGUGCUAAAGCACCCACAGAUCCAGAGGAAGUCUCAGUAUAUCAAGUACCUGUGCUGUGAUGACAUCAGAACCCUCCAGCAAUGGAUCAACAGUAUCCGCAUCGCAAAGUACGGGAAGCAGCUGUACAUCAACUUCCAGGAAGCCAUGAGGAGAACCGAGGCAGCCUAUGAUUGGUCCUCUCUCUCCUCUUCCUCCAUCAAGUCUGGGUCCAGCUCUUCCAGCCUUCCAGAGUCCCAGUCCAACCACUCCAGCCAAUCAGACAGCGGCGUCUCAGAGCUGGCUUCGUCAGGACACACCCGCUCCCAGAGUGUGGUCAGCUCCAUCUUCUCCGACGCCUGGAGGAGAGGAACGCAAGGAGAGAUGAUGAAGAUGGACACCAUCAGUAGGCCCAUCCCAGUCCAGAUACCCAGCCUCUCCCCCCAGCCUCAGACCCCUCCCUCGCGGAGCAGCUACACCGAUGGGCUCCUUCCGUCUGAGGAAGACUCCUCCUCUCCGUCCCCGCCCUCGCCUCCCCCCCCUCCUCCCCCUGUGGUGGGAGUGGCCCACCAGGCGGCGCCUCCUUCCUCCUACGUGAAGUACAGCACCCUGGCUCGUCUGCAGAGUCAGAACCAGCCCAGGACCCAAACGCCUGGUGGCACCAGCCCGGCCUGCCCUCCAGUACAGAACUUCAACACUUUGCCGGCGUCGUACGGGACCUCCCCUCCGUCCCCGCCUCCUCCGCCGCCACCAACGGCGCCGGCUCCCGGCUCCGCCAUGGCUGCCCUGAAGUUUGGUCCACCGAGCCCCAGCUCUCUGCCGCCCCCUCCUCUACUGGAGGAAGAGAUGCAGGAGCCCCACUGCCUCCCCCCUCCUCCCCCGGAGAGCCUUGAUGCCAAUGGCCUGCCCCCCCCUCCCCCUCCGGAGCCCCUCCCUAACCCCUGCCCUCAGCUGUCCAACUCGGGGCUGCAGCAGUUCCUGUCCCAGAAGUUUCCAAACAUGGUUUAUGACUUCCAGCCCGGCGCCCUGCAGGACGCCUCACCCCCACCACCUCCCACUGAACUCUCUCCCCCAAAUUCGCUCCAAGCGCUCCGGCCUGUUUCACCUAACGCACCCCCCCCUGCUCCUCCCAAGACCUUCUCUGGGGUUUUCGCCCCGCUGACGGCUCCCCAACCGUCAGGCCCCUCCUCCCUCCCCAUCGCCCUCUCCCCCGUGUCUCCCACCCAAUCAUUUCCUGGACACGGUCCUGUCAGAAAGCAGCAGAGCUUCUCUACAGGACACUCCCCCAAUCAGCCCCCUCCCACUCUGCCCAAACAGCACAGCCUGUCCUCCAAAAACCUGUCCAUCUCCCCCUCCCCCUCCUCCUCCUCCAUCUCCAUCGCAGCCGCUACAUCCUCACUGGUCAAACAGAUCGUCAAUCAGUUUCCAGGAAACUCCUCUCCUCUGCCCACCUCUGGCUCCGCCCCCCUGUCGCCUCCUGCGGUGAAGGCCAAACCGAAGUGGCAGGUGGGGGGUGCAGCAGCUCCACAGUCACCAGAGUUCCCCCCGCCUCCCCCCGACGGCUCUUUAGGUGAUUUUCCGCCUCCCCCCUCAUCCACCUCCUCCUCCAAGACGGGUUCUCCUAUCAAGAAGUCGCCCUCGACCUCGUCUACGGGGUCCACCAAGCGUGGGCCCCCCCCGGCCCCGCAGAGAGCCUCCUCCAUCAAAGACGCUCAGGACGACAGGCCCAAGAAGGUGGAGAGUCUGCUGAGUAAAUUCGGCCAGGCUCCUCAGACGGGAACGUCGUCCAGCUCUUCCUCAGCGACGGGGUCUCCUUCGAAAGACUCCGCCCCCCUGCCAGCUCCGCCCCCCAAGCCAGGGAAGCUGAACCUGGCCAGUCUGCCUCUGGCCAUCCAGGGACUGCAGACGGGCCAGCAGCAGCCUGACUUCCCGUCGCCUCCUCUACCACCUCCUCCUUCCCACCAUCCUCACCUCGACUCGUCAGCCGACUACUUCCCUCCCCCGCCGCCCGAAUCUGAGCUCUUCCCUCCCCCGCCUCACCCCUCGGAGUUCCACCACCCUCCGAAGGUUGCCGUGGUGAACCCGCAGCCUCAGAUGCAGUCGGUAACAUCCUCCUUUUCGUCGUCGACGCCUUCUUCAUGGAAACAAGGCUCGCUGAAAAAAGGGGCGGCGCCCCCUCCAGCGCUGAAUCGGCGCAGCAGCAACAUGACGGCGCAGUACGACAACACCAUCUCACUGCCUCUCUCGCCUCCCCCUCUGUCCCAAACCCCGCCCCCCUCCCUCUCCUCUUACUCCGCCUCCUCCUCUCCUAUCCCCCCCACCUCCCCAAAAUCAGCGGGGCCCGUCUCUCUGGCGUUAAAGCCUCACUUCCUGGAGGACCUCAACCGCACGCUGAAGAGAAAGUCGGUGUCGCGCCACGGCUCGCUCACCUCCUCGACCCUGAUCCCUUCCUCCAAGAUGGAGCCGGUCGGCACCAUGGACGACAUGGCCCUCCUCCCCCCUCCUCCCCCCGAACUCCUGCAGCAGCAGGGGGUGCGGGGGCACUCCCACACGCUGUCGCGGCACCAUGGGCGCUCCCAAUCAGCCAAACAUGGCAACAUCUCAGGCUAUGCAACGCUGCGGCGAGGCCCGCCUCCCGCCCCCCCCAAACGGGACCAAAGCACCAAACUGACCAGUGAUUGGUAGAAGGCAGCACCUCUGACUCUAAGCUCACAGACGGAACUGACCAAUCAGGUCUGAUUAGCUCUCCUUAGUCCCAAAAACAUUCCCUCCUGGAUGCUAAGCAAGUAGCAAACAGUCUUUCCUCCUGAUCUCAGAUUAAUCCUCAUUAUUCCUCAUUGUUACACGUUUAAUCCAACAUGAGGAUCAAUAGAAGUAUAUAAAUGAAUAUGUAUAAAGUUAGCAAGACAGACCCCCCACCCAUCCUACAGCCCGGCUUUUUUUUCACGUCAGUGCAGCUUUGCAUUAAAACAUAAACUAAAGACUAAAAGUGACAUUUGGCUGCAAUAUACCAGGUACAGCAUGGCGAGCGGCACGGAAGGAAGGAACCACGGAAGAGGAAGGUCGAUGAUGAUGAUGAUGUGUAUAGGGUGGUGUGGGUUAGUGUGUGUGUCUGUGUGUGUGGCGAGGCAAUCCUUCGAGGGAGCGUUGUCGUUUAUUUCAUCCUUUUUUUUGCGUGUUUUUAUAUCAAAUUAUUUAAUACUGGAUAAAAAUAUUGUAAUAAUUAUUUUGAAUUUUAAGAAUCGACGAAGUUGGACUGUUUUCUACGAGCACCCGGUUAGCCAGACUGUUCAGGUCUGCUUUGGUUUCAUCAAAAUGUGUUACGGCUUCAUCCUGUUGUAUGUUUUUCCUCUGGGUUACGGUUACAGUUUAAUAAGAAGGAUUUUUUUAAACAUGAGGAAAACCAAUUUUCACCGUCUGAUCAGUCUUCAUCUAGGUGUCCGCUCAGCUGAGAGCUUUUUCUCAUUUCUGUGACGCAGCCGCUCCUCAGUGUAUUUAGGCGGGAUAGAUCAGGACAAAGAAGUGCAUAACUGUGAAGCUGAAGGAAAACAAUGCAUGGUUCCCAUGGUUCCCAAAUCUUUUCAAAAUUGGCCAUUUUCCCCCCAUUCUCUAUUAAAUUAAUGAUAGAAACGUUUUUUUUCUUGUAUUUCGCCUCAGCUGUCCAUCACUCCGACAUUCUUGAUGUUUCUGCUAAAGAACAAUCCCACAGCAUGAUGCAGCCUCCACCAUGUUUUCUUGUGUGCUCAGGAUGAAGUGAAGCGUUAGUUGCGUUUUUGGUUAGAAAAGAUCCUCUUCUUUCCACUCCUUCAUAAAGUAACGAUUUGUAAAGAACUUUGCUAUUAGU